AAGCAAGUCCUGGAGAUGAUCGUAUACAUAAUAAACAGUAUUAUGUAGAUCCCCCUUACUCACUUUCUCACCAUUCCACCAAGAAUUUUCACCCACUUGCCAGCAAUCAUGAGAGCGUUAAGAUACCACGGCCCAUACGACGUUCGUCUCGAACAUGAUAUCCCAGAGCCCGAGUGUCGCCCCCACCAGGUCAAGAUCAAGCCGUCAUGGUGCGGCAUAUGCGGAUCUGACGUGCACGCAUACAUGUCUCCUACAGCAAUUCCCUUCAAAGAAACGCCGCAUCCUCUAACGGGCGAGACAUGGCCUGUGACCCUUGGCCACGAGUUCUCUGGCGACGUUGUGGAAGUCGGUUCACAGGCUAUCGGCUCACUGAGCGUUGGGGAUCGAGUCGUAGUACAGCCCACUCUCUGCUGCGAACAAUGUAUCCCCUGCAGAGGCGGUGCUGAGAACUGCUGUACUUCGUUUGGAUUUCUCGGCUUGAUGGGAGGGGGCGGUGGACUAUCAGAUUUCGUCACUGUUGAUUCCCAAUAUGUCUUUAAACUCCCAGAUAACGUGCCAUCUGAUAUUGGAGCUCUCGUCGAGCCUUUCGCGGUUGCAUGGCAUGCUGUUUCACAGGCCAAUAUUUCCGCCCACAACGAUGUUGUGAUCAUGGGUGCAGGGCCCAUAGGCUUGGCGGCGCUUAAAUGCAUCAAGCUUCGCCAACCGAGGAACAUCAUCGUGGUCGAUAUCACCCCAGAACGUAGGAGGUUGGCUGAAAUGUUUGGAGCCACUGUCACCCUUGAUCCCCGGGAGGAGGAUGUAGUCGCCAGGUGCAAAGAGCUAUGUGACGGGGUGGGACCUGCCAUUGCGAUGGACUGCGCUGGCGUUGCUUCGAGUAUCCGGUCUGCCAUUCAGGCAGCUCGGCCCAGAGGUCGAGUUGUCAACGUGGCGCUAUGGGACGAAGCCGUCCCAUUUCAAUUUAACGACCUUCUACACGGUGAGAAGACGAUCACGGGUUCGUGUAGUUACAGUAGGGAUGACUUUGAAAACGUUAUCAGGGCGAUUGGGGAUGGCUCGAUUAAUGUUGAUAAUAUGAUCACUCGUAAGACUACUAUGACACGUGUGGUGGAAGAUGGGUUUCAAGCACUGCUCCAGGAGAAGGAGAAACAUGUCAAGAUUCUUAUAGACGCACGACUUCCCUAGAUUCAUCAGGAAAGUAGCAAAGGUUAACGUCUACCCUUCGCUGCCGUUACUUGAUCAGCAUGUUUCAUGAUUCUAUACCUCUAGAUACCGCCCAGUCGUUGUCACCAUCAUCCUACAUGCAGGACGAGCAGACUAAAUUCCCUGAUUUGCCCCCGUCUGGUGUC